UGUAAUUGUCAAUCACGCGUCUUUUAUAAAUGUUUCUCGAUGGAUUACCAUUUAUUAAUCGGCAGUUAAUACGAGCAUUAAGCAGCUUUUCAACUGAUUGCAGUGUGCAACUGUAGGUACCGUUCUUGCUAAGUUUGUUCUGCUCAAGUUUCGUUGUAGCAAUCAAGGCACACUUGUAAUCUUGCCAGUAGGCUAACUAGCUAGGCCUCGUUGCAUGCAUAUCUAAAAGUUAAAGCAUGUAACUGGAGAGAUUUAACAUAUCCAAGUGUUGGGUCUACUGUUAAUUGUUUCAUCGGAUAUGUUUACAAACAGUUUAUUGUUGUAUUUCGGACAGUAAACGUUGAUGAUGAUUGCUAUGGUGCUUUGUGCAUAGUGGAAGGAGAUGCUGGCUGCAAUCCGACAGGCCUCGUUGCAUGAACAAAGUAGCGUUAGCUCCACUAUGUUGCAACUUAUUUUUAUACUUUCGACGCGGAAUUUCUUUUUGCUGCCUGAAAUCGGUCUCGUGUUUGCAGAUUUAUUAUUUUGUGAAGCUCGUUUGUAUUUUAACUCUAUUUAAAGGAAUCGCUAAAACUCAAGAAAACAACCUGAGGCCUACUGUAGUGUUUCUCCCUAGAGAGCAACUCAAACUGUCACACACACGGAGUGAACAGCCCGCUGGUCAAUGAAUGGAACUUUACCGUGCAUGCUCACGGGACAUUGGGAUCCUGUCUUGAACGUCCUUCACCAUUGCUCUUCACUCAGAAGACCCUGUCGCCUCCCUUCGCCCAGGAUUUGGUUACCAUGGCAAAAGAUGCUGGUCUGAUUGAAGCCAAUGGAGAGCUGAAGGUUUUCAUCGACCAGAAUCUCAGUCCGACUAAAGGAGUGUUGUCACUGGUGACUGUCCAUCCAUCCGUCACACUGGGGAAGCAACUGCUGCCCAAAACACUUGGACCAUCUAACGUCAACAUAGCGCCCCACAUGGUGAUUGGCACUCCACAGCGGCCCAGUGGCUCCAGUGCCAUCCUGGUGGGCAGCCCGCACACGCCCAACACCCAGUUCCUCAGCCACAGCCAGCCGCCAGACUCCUCCCCCUGGUCCACCGGGAAGCGCAGUAAGAAGGGGGAGAAGAAUGGGAAGGGCCUGAGGCACUUCUCCAUGAAGGUGUGCGAGAAGGUGCAGAGGAAGGGCGUCACCACCUACAACGAGGUCGCCGAUGAGCUGGUGGCCGAAUUCAGCUCCUCGGACAACGUCGUGUCGCCUAAUGACCCGCACGUGUACGACCAGAAGAACAUCCGACGCCGCGUGUACGACGCACUCAACGUGCUGAUGGCCAUGAACAUCAUCUCCAAGGAGAAGAAGGAGAUCAAGUGGAUCGGGCUUCCCACCAACUCCGCCCAGGAGUGCCAGAACCUGGAGGUGGAGAAACAGAGAAGGCUUGAGAGAAUCAAGCAGAAACAGUCCCAGUUACAAGAACUCAUUUUACAGCAAAUCGCCUUUAAGAAUCUGGUCCAGCGAAACCGGCAGGCUGAGCAGCAGGCCAACCGGCCCCCCCCUCCCAACUCCGUCAUUCAUCUUCCCUUCAUCAUCGUCAACACCAGCAAGAAGACCGUCAUCGACUGCAGCAUCUCCAACGACAAGUUCGAGUACCUGUUUAACUUCGACAACAUGUUUGAGAUCCACGACGACAUCGAGGUGCUGAAGCGCAUGGGCAUGGCCUGCGGCCUGGAGGUGGGGAAGUGCUCCCCGGAGGACCUGAAGAUGGCCCGCAGCCUGGUGCCCAAAGCGCUGGAGCCCUAUGUCACAGAAAUGGCUCAAGGUUCGAUAAGUAACGUGUACAUCACAGGAGGGACCUCCUCCAAUGGGGGGCGCUACCACACAGGCAGUGAGAGCGGGGCGGACGGCACGCUGGCCUCCAGCUCCAGCGGCUCCCACUACAGCGGCUCGCGGGUGCAGACCCCUGUGUCCUACAUGGGCGACGAGGACGAUGACGACGACUACGAGGAGAACGACGAUGAAGAUUAACCCCGUCUCUGUGCUCCACCCCCCCGUCACCCUGCCUACUUCUCCCACCCCCUCCCCCUCCUCUCCCUCUUCCCCCUCUCUCCUGCCUCCUUCCCUGUAUGCUAGGGUGACCUACGCCGUGGCAAGCUGGGAAACCAACAAUCUAUAGCUCCCAAAUAUUGUGUAUGCUUUAUGGGGGUGUGGGUUGAUUUCAGAACCAAGGUCUGAUGGGAGUUGUAGUCCUGAACUUGAGGUUUUGGAGUACAUGGCUCAGGACCUCCCAUCAGUGCCUCUGAAACACACUGUGCAGUGCCCCCUGGUUUGAGCUCUCAUAGUGAACUUCAUCUUUCAGCAAGCGAAAGACCACAAAGGAUUCCCUCCAAAAUCUCUUUACAACCAACACCUGUUGGGAGAAAUGUGUAGUGUGAAGUAAAGAAAUCUCUCGUUUGUUUGUGUUUUUUUUUUUGUUGCGUUUUUGGUUACGGCAUGUAGAGAAACACUGCAGACGUGACCGAACCAGGCUGUUUUUAAGAUGGCCGCCUCCCAAAGACUGUUAAAGACAGAGACUGGAUCUGUGAGCCGGCUGAGUUGGAGAAUCUGUUCACGUCUUCAAGCUUGCUGGAUCGGAGAGUCUUCCAGAUGGCUCAGUCAGAGAUGGAAUCUCUGAGGCCGGAUCUGAGAAGCUAAAUCUGUGAGCUGGCUGGAGUCAGAAUCCCUGCGAAUGGGGGAGCUGGCUGAAUCGGAGAGUCUCAGAAUCCCAAAGGCGGGCCGAACGAAUUGAAUGAAUCUCUGAGCUGGCUGCAGAAGAGCCUCAACCUUUGCCUGGACGAACAUUAUUUUUGUAUGAGGAUUGAUUGCAGGUUUUGAUCUCAUUUGCUCUGUUAGGUUGGCUUCCUGAUGUUUUGUGGGCAGCUAUGUUUGGUGACUCGGUUGAGCAUUUUGGGACGAGUAGAUGUGUAGAGGAUUGUCUGAGCUCCCUCAGGCCCCACCAUUUCUGUUUACAGUAUGUACAAAUGAGGGACAUCGUGGUGAACUCCAAAACCCACACAAAGCUACAUUUCGGAAGAAGCUUUUGUGCAUGAAAAGACUGGUCCAUGAAAGUAGAUGAAUAUUUCUGUGCUUUCUAUGGGUCGGUCUGGAAACGGAAAGUGAAUGUCACUUUGCGUUUCCUUAAUGGUGUCAACUUUAAAAAGUGAUUGUGGGUUGUUGGGUUUUUUUUCAGGAUUGUCCUUAAAUCGCUCCUUUUUAAAAACGAAACAAACAAAAAAAAAUGUACUGACUCUUCCAAGUACUUUUUCUGUAAUCUAAUAUAAGUUUGAAAAUUAAAUAUAGGGAAUGUUUUAACAAG